AUGUCACAGAGCAGCAGACUGACCAGCAAAAAGNNAUACGGCACAGGUUCCUUUAUCUUGUACAACACUGGUAACAAGCCCGUCAUCUCUACCCACGGCCUGCUCACCACUGUUGCAUACGACUUUGACGGAACACCAAGCUAUGCUCUUGAGGGAUCCAUUGCAGUUGCUGGUUCAGGUGUCAAGUUCCUCAUGAACAACUUGGGUUUCAGCUUCGAUUCGUCAAAAAUCACCGAGCUCGCGGGCACAGUGGAGAACAACGGCGGCCUCGUUUUCGUCACAGCAUUCAGUGGUCUAUUUGCACCAUACUGGAUCACCGAUACCCAGGGUACCAUUUUCGGUAUCACACAACACACACAAAGAGGGCACAUUGCUCGCGCUACACUCGAGGCUGUCUGCUACCAGACAAAGGCCGUACUAGACGCCAUGGAGAAGGACAGCGGGCACCCUCUCCAAGAGCUCAAGGUCGAUGGCGGCAUGUCAAACAGCGAACUGUGCAUGCAAAUUCAAGCAGACAUUCUAGCCGAGAACAAGAUCCCCAUCGUUAGACCCAAGAUGCGCGAGACCACCGCAUUGGGAGCCGCCAUCGCCGCCGGCUUUGCCGCUGGUGUCUGGAAGAACUUUGAUGAGCUGAAGGAGGUCAACACUGCUGGUCAGACAGUCUUCGAGGCCAAGAUGGAGGCAAAGGACAGCGCCAGGGGAGUCAAGCGCUGGGAAAGAGCAGUCAACAUGUGCCGAGGCUGGCUUGUCGACGACGAGUAG